GGCCAAUGCUUAAUCUUUAUUGUUAUAUCUUUGGUUCAAAGUGACAUUAUCUUGUCAAUUUCAUCUUUGCUUGUCAUCGUCAGCCUGUCUGUCAAAUCUGUCAUAAAAAUUGAAAUCUGCCUCCGAUUCUGACCAUUAAAAUUCGUGUACAAUUUUAUUUACAUUAAAAUCGGGUAUAUUUGAUUAAAAAAUGGCUUCUGUAAUGGAUGUGGAUGAAGAAGAAGUUGAAAUGGCUUCCUCAAGCAGUGGAAAAGGCGAUAAGAAAAGAUUCGAAGUCAAAAAGUGGAAUGCCGUAGCUUUAUGGGCCUGGGACAUUGUUGUGGACAACUGUGCCAUCUGUCGCAACCAUAUUAUGGAUUUGUGUAUAGAAUGCCAGGCCAACCAAGCUUCGGCUACAAGUGAAGAGUGCACAGUGGCCUGGGGAGUUUGUAAUCAUGCGUUCCAUUUCCACUGCAUCUCACGUUGGCUCAAAACUCGACAAGUCUGUCCAUUGGAUAACCGAGAGUGGGAAUUCCAAAAGUAUGGACAUUAAUGACAAACCUAUCUCAGCAUCACAUGAAGCCAACAGUAAAAGUAAUAUUUAUGGGUUCAUGAUGUCAUCUUUUCAUUAAUUUCUAAAUAAAUGUAACUCAAUUAACUAGUUUCGUUCUUAAUUUUGCACUAUUUGUGAAUGUAACUUUUAAUGUAAAAAAAAUUGUAAUACAAUAUUAAAAAUUCA